AUGCAGGGAUCUGUACAAAGUCAUGAUUUGGAUCCGAUUUGGGGAAAUCUUCGAUCACAAACAACAAAAGUUUGGCAACCAGAUGGAACGCGAACAGAACUUCAAUGUGCACCCGAUUCAAAUACCAUUAUUGGACGCCAAUUUGCCCCAGCUAAUCCAGAAAAUAGGGCUGGAAAUAAUAUAAUGGAUCGACGACGUUUAACAAUUCAACAGAUUGAGGCAAUUCUUUAG